UCUCCUUCUCUCCCUUCUCUCGCCUGCUGCUUCUCUUCCUAUAUUUUCUCCCCAUUAUUUUCUGGCUAGGGUUUUCAAAAUUCUUCUCUUUCUACCAAAACAUCAUACACCCACCCUUUACUUCUUUCUCUCUCUACUCCUCUGCAUUUACACUCAGGUGUUGUGUAUUACGCUGAGAUCGAUCUUUUGAACAACUCUUCUGGGAAAAUGAGGACUUCAUGGGCGGAUGCUGUUGACAAUGUAGCUACUGGAUCUUCCGAUAAUGCUGGGACUAGUGGUGGAAGUGAACGCUCAUCAGCUCCCACCAAGCCUGCCUAUGUUCCUCCCCACCUUAGGAACAGACCUCCAGCAGCGGACCCACCUGCUCCUUCACUUACUGGACCACCAUCCGUUAAUGACCGCUCUGGUUAUGGCGGACCCACUAGUGGGUCACGAUGGGUUGGUUCGAGGUCUGAUUAUGGACGUCAAGGAUACGGUGGUGGUGGUCGUGGCAGUGGUGGUUGGGGUGGCCGAGGUGGUUGGGGUGGCAGGGAACGUGAGGUCAACCCUUUUGGUAAGGAUGAUGUGGAUGCUGACACAGAGGCCGCGUUUAAUGAGCAGGAGAAUACUGGCAUUAACUUUGAUGCAUAUGAGGAUAUUCCCGUGGAUACAAGUGGGGAUAAUGUGCCGCCACCCGUGAAUACAUUUGCAGAAAUAGAUUUGGGGGAUGCGCUUAAUCUGAAUAUUCGCAGGUGCAAGUAUGUGAAACCAACCCCUGUCCAGCGACAUGCAAUACCAAUUGCCCUGGCAGGACGAGAUCUGAUGGCUUGUGCUCAGACUGGCUCAGGCAAGACUGCUGCCUUUUGCUUCCCAAUUAUUAGUGGAAUUAUGAGAGGUCAUUUUCCGCAGCGACCACGUGGUGUCCGCACUGUAUUUCCCUUAGGUCUUAUUCUUUCACCAACAAGAGAACUCUCAAUGCAGAUACACGAGGAAGCUAGAAAGUUUUCCUAUCAAACUGGUGUUAGAGUAGUUGUUGCGUAUGGAGGAGCACCAAUAAAUCAGCAGCUACGGGAACUUGAAAGGGGAGUUGACAUUCUGGUGGCAACUCCUGGAAGAUUGGUUGAUUUGCUUGAGAGAGCCAAAGUCUCAUUACAAAUGAUAAGAUAUUUGGCUCUUGACGAGGCAGAUAGAAUGCUGGAUAUGGGUUUUGAGCCUCAAAUCAGAAAGAUAGUGGAACAGAUGGAUAUGCCUCCUCGUGGCGAAAGACAGACAAUGCUGUUUAGUGCCACUUUUCCAAAAGAGAUCCAGAGAAUGGCGUCCGAUUUUCUUUCAAACUACAUCUUUUUGACAGUUGGAAGGGUUGGUUCCAGUACAGACUUGAUUGUUCAAAGAGUUGAAUUUGUUCAUGAGAGUGACAAGAGAAGUUAUUUGAUGGAUCUUCUUCAUGCGCAGAGGGCAAAUGGAGCUCAAGGAAAGCAAGCUCUUACUUUAGUAUUUGUGGAAACAAAGAAAGGUGCUGACUCUUUGGAACAUUGGUUAUGUCUUAAUGGUUUUCCUGCUACCACUAUUCAUGGGGAUAGAACACAACAGGAAAGAGAGUUGGCAUUAAGAUCAUUUAAGAGUGGAAAUACACCAAUAUUAGUUGCAACCGAUGUGGCAGCUCGUGGUCUUGAUAUUCCACAUGUUGCUCAUGUUAUCAACUUUGACCUCCCAAAUGACAUUGAUGACUAUGUCCACCGUAUAGGACGCACGGGUCGUGCUGGAAAGACAGGAUUGGCUACAGCAUUCUUCAAUGAGAAUAACAUGUCAUUGGCAAAGCCACUAGCAAGUUUGAUGCAGGAAGCAAAUCAGGAGGUACCUGAUUGGUUAACUCGGUUUGCGAGUCGAGUUUCAUAUGGAAGUAAAAAUAGGCGUGGAGGUGGACGCUUUGGUGCUCGUGAUUUUAGAAGGGAUUCCUCAUUUAAUAGGGGUGGGAGUGGUAAUGACUAUUACGGAGGUGGCAGCAGUGGCGGUUACAACGGUUAUGGUGGAGGAUAUGGUCCUGGGGUGACCAGUGCGUGGGAUUAGUGUUUCACUAUAUGCUUAAUGUUGUCGUGCAGAGUAUAUAUAAUUUUUCAUCCAUGAAAAGAAUAUGGUUACUAACUUGUGUAAUCCACUUGGGAUUACGGGAGAGAUGUGAUGGUAGCAGAGUACAUAGUUACUGACUGCUGAUAACUAGGGUUGAUCCCUUUCUGAAAGUCUUUUUAUUUCUGUAUCGCUUCUAACUGCUCCUGUUCUAAAUUUACUUUCUGCUGGGAUGGAAUCUUGAUGUAGAGCAUGUAGAUGAUGGCCUCCAAACGUGAGGCAUUCUUGUGAUGAUUCUAUAGGAAUACACGUUUCUGUUUCUGUAGUAA